AAUCCCUUGUUUGUGGAAUAAAAGUCUAAUUGCACAUUGUUCUCUCUCUCCAUCUCCUCUCUCUCUCUCUCUCUCUCCUCCCAUGGCCGAGAGAACAAUCUCUGUUUUUCCCUUUCUUGUUCCCAAACCCUAACUCUCUGUAUCUUCCAGAUUCUUCUUCUGUCCUUUUUUGUUAUGAUUUUUACAUUUUCCUUGUUCAGAUUUUCUGAUUGAUGAAUUAUUGGAAUCCGAAUAAUUUGGAUCUUUGUUACAUUCGGGUCGGCCACCUAAAGCGAUGAUUCGAGAUCCGAAUUUGGUUUACUACGCUUGCGUUGCUAAAGGGACGAUUGUUCUUGCUGAAAUCAAUUCAAAAGAUGCUGAUCUUGGAUCUCUUGCUUUGAAAUGCCUUGAAAAGACCCCCCCUUUCCAUACUUUUUUCUCUCACACUAUACGCAACAGGACGUACACCUUCUUGAUCGAAAACCCAUUUGUGUUUUUCGCGAUUUUCGAUGAGAAGAUUGAGAAAUCUGAUGGGGUUGCAUUCUUGAAAGGGGUGAAUGGCGCGUUUAGCGAAGUGAUUGAGAGGUCAUCAGGGAAGAAGAGAUUGGAUAAGCUGCAUUCGCAUUGUUUUCAGGGUGAGCUGAAUCCCGUUUUUCAUCAACUAUUGGAAUCGAGUAAUGAUGUGGAUGAAGAAGGGUCGUCGAAUUCGUCUAGGAGUGAGGUGGAUCAUGGGCGUAGCGCGAGUUUGGAUUCGAUGAAAGGGAAGAAAAUCGGGUCAAUGCCGUUGCUUGCUGAUGCUGCUAAUAGUUUGAAGCUGAAAAAGAAGAGGAUUUUUGGGCAGUUUAAGAAGAGAAAUGAUGAGAUUGGUGAGAAGAAAGUGGAUGUUUCGGAUAGAGACUUUUCGGUUGUUAUGCAAAAGAAUGGAUUGAUUCAUGGAGAAGGAGGGCACCUUCACCACCACCACCAUCACCAAAAAGCCAAGAAAGUGUGGAAGAAGCAAGUUUGGGUUGUAUUGUCGUUGGAUUUAAUGGUCUGCACUAUAUUGUUCAUAGUUUGGUUGUGUGUUUGCAGGGGCUUCAAGUGCAUUGAUGCUUGAUUGGUACUACUACUACUUAUGUUCGGUGUUUUUUCAUCUAUCGAAAGAUGUUUUCCGCUGAAUUGGAGGAUUAAAUGCUUCAUGUGUUCACCGAUGUCACUCGAGCUACGUAUGUCAAACUUGAAGUCUUUUUCUUAAUAUGGGGCUGAUUUGAUGUGUUCCUCAGCAACUUUUUAUUAUGUGAUGUUUUUAAGUUGUGCAUUCUGUGGAUAUUAUGACAUAUAUGAAAGCUUUUUCUUUUUAAGACAUUUGUGUUAUCUUGGAGAUAACCAGUAUAAAUUGUAUGAUACUUGCUGGUAAAAGAAAAGGGGAAAUGAUUCUUUCCAUUUAGUUUUAUGUAUUAACUUUGGUCUGUACCAAGAUAAUGACAACCAACUAUUGUUGUCUUGGAA